AUGGCAGUCUCGACGCCAUAUGUUGUCGACAUCAUUUCCAACAGUGUUGUUCAAUCUGUAAUUAAUAAUGGUAUGGACAUUCCUACGCGCACGAAUAAGAGUGCCUUGAUGCAAGAGCGGGAAAUGCGAGAGCCUACCAGCGAGAGCGAGCGCGGAUAUAGCGACUUCGCCUCCUAUCAAACACAUUCAGACUGCGACAUUGCAACUGAAACAGACAUCGGUGGGCGGCGAAGGCUUCUUUGCGCUUUUCAUGAUGCGUGCAUUUGUAAUGGUCUUGAUACUCUUCUCGACAACAAUUUUACAGGAUGUGAUAACACCUACAGGCACACGUAUCAAAGAGAACGACAAAGAACUAUCACAUGCCUCACAUCUAUGAAAAUAUUUUCAAUCCUUCUUUGGGCGACCGCAAUCAGCGCUCUCCCCCAACGCCUGCAAGGACUCCAAGAUUCCAAGAACACCACCUUUGCUACUAAUAAUCAGACAACCAGCAACGGCGUCUUUGAGCAGAAGGUAGCAACAGGAGUCCAGUAUCUCCGCACCCACGGCGUCCCACGAAAUUACGGGUUGGCAGCAGUAAUCGCCGUCCCCUCCACGACCUCGUCACGCUCCUCCGCAGCAUUCGACCACAUCGCCAUCAUGGCCCUGGACACCAAACAUACUACGGUCUAUUCCACAGACAACUACCACUCUGGCCGUUUCGAUGUUGUGGACAAAAAACCUGCGGAGUAUUACACGCGGGCUGAGACAUUCGAGUGGGCGGAAUUGAGCUUGGAUUUUCAGGGGGCGAUUGAUAAGGCUUUCUUGGAAGGGUGGACCUAUGAGUGGGAUGAGGUUAUGGUUCUAGUGCCGGAAUUCCCUGGGACCGAGGAACUAUGGGGGGAGGUCAGUUAUAUGAUGAGUGAGGCGAAGUCGGGGAGAAGGGUGCUGGUGGGGAGUAGAACGGAGAAGGUCAUUCCGUUUCGAUUGCAGGACAGUGCUCUUCCUCGUAACAUUACUAUUGAUUAA